UGUAGCGGGGAAACUGAGUCUCGCACGUAUAAUAAAUGUAUACAUUUACUGCGUUAUUAAGAAAAGUGAUAAACAGGAUGUGGAUGGAUACAGGCUGUUACACACUGUGCAUGCGGUGGAAUCACAAGAUGAGUGGAAAGGUUCCCUGUGUCCGGGAGACCUCUGUCGAGAUUCACGCAGGGUGUUUCGAGAAUAGCACGCCUUCCGGACCAGAAGUACUCAGUGUACCCUGGGCAGGACCGUCAAAGUGGAGGUCUAUCCCCCCGAGCUGAGUGACUGUCUGAAGUACAGCACACUCCCCGGGCUCCUCACAACCGGGACUGGGCAAGAAUCCAAGCCCGCUCAGGUAACGUCAAGGGAAAAGGUUGUAGUGGAGCUGGGUCAAGUUGGAUAUACACGGCAAAAAGAAGGCUGGAGCUGGAAGCCAGUGACCCCCAGGACCUUCAGGAUGGUGGUGGGCCUGCCAAAGCCAAGAAGCCGAUGUCCUCUCAGUCUCAAAGUGGAGGAAGGGCUCCCGCCUCCAGUCCCAUAGCACGCAAGGCCCUGUUUGACAGGUCGCGCCUUGACACCUCACUCGGUCGCUUGACACGGCGUUUUGCAGAGAUGAUGAUGCGCACCGCUGAUGGUGUGUUGGACCUAAACACAGUCGCUCAGGAGCUUGGUGCCCCUAAGAGGCGUGUCUACGACGUCACCAAUGUCCUGGAAGGAAUCCAGCUCAUCAAAAAGAAGUCUAAGAACACCAUCGAGUGGUUGGGCGGUCAUCUGACCGGACUUAUAGAUGUCGAGCUGAAGGCUCUCGAGGAGGAGGAGAAGAAGCUGGAUGAGUUGAUCCAAAGCUGUACGCGGCAGGUUCACCAGAUGUGUGAGAACGGGCAUCAGAGAUUUGCCUACUUGACUUACGAGGAUGUCCAAGGGAUUCCCAGCUUUAAAGAGCAGACUGUGAUCGUGAUCAAAGCCCCCGUGGAGACAAAACUGGAGGUGCCACACCCAGAAGAGAGCCUCCAGGUCCACCUCAGCAGCACACAGGGGCCCAUCGAGGUGUUCCUCUGCUCUGAAGAACCAAUCCCUAUGGAAGCCACAGACGACUGUCUAUCCAAGGACAGCCACUUCUACCCGUCCACCAACAGGAACGGCUCGGCACCCUUCUUGCCUUACUCGUCCUUCGUCCAGGUGUCUUCCAAAGACAACGCUAAGCCUACUUCUGGAAUCAAUAGUAUCUCGAACCCGCCACUUGAGCGGACACAACACUCAUCACCGGCUACCAUCAACAAUUUUCCCCCCAUGCCUACCUCCCUCCGUACCCCCUCUGAAGAUCAACAGAGCUUUGUAACUCUCGCUCCGCCUAUGGCCUUCUCUGUGGAUGGCAAGGAAUACCUCCUGAGCCUGACUGAGGAUGAGGGCAUCACUGACCUCUUCUCCUCUGUUGACCUGGACCAGUUGCCCCUGGAUAUGCCAGUCUGAAAUGCCAAUUUGGAAAUGCAGUAGUUUUGGAGGCAUUGGCCAUAUGUGUCCAAAGUGGAUACAAUAACAGAAUGAGCUUUUUUUUUUUUUAUUUUCCUUUUUUAUAUGUUACAUUUGCGUCUCGUGGACGAUGCAACUGGGAUUUACUGACUCUCAAGUAUCAGGGGGGAGGUUAUCCAAACCCAUCACAUUGGCGUUGGAAGAGCUGUACAUUGGAAAGACAGAGCGAGAUGCUUUUAUGGAUUCCUUAUUGUCUUUGACUGACCUGGAUGUUGUUCGACACUUUGUCUCAGACCCUUAAUCGGUUACACCUGUGUUUCCUUCCUAAGUGCCCUUCUUCUUUACGUCUCAACUCAGGACUUACUCUUGAAUAGGAAUGUCAUAACAUCCUGUAGUGAUGGUGUUGAAAGUCAUCAUAGAGGAUAUUUUGCAUCAUGAUCACCGAGGACUCUCAACAAAGCCUGAUGAUUUGGACACUUGUGUAGCAUUUAAGAAGUGAUGAUUAAAAGCAUUAAAAAUGUAGUGACCCUCA